GCAAGUCCCUCGGCCUCGCAGAACGUCACUCGCUACACGUCCGCUGACAACGCCGCAGCGUGUCAAUGGGUUGCGUGUAGAUUCAACAUGGCGACCUCCACGUCGCUGCGUUGCUGUUUACUCUGUCGCUCACGCUUCAACACGCUGCGCGUUCAUCGCGCUAAACAAGAGGACCCCGCCGCCGCAAGGGAAACGAGCAGACGUCCCGUCUACCAGCCAAGGCUGUGGUACGGAACCCGGGGCUCAGAUAAUACACAGGAUGCCCAAAUACACAUUCCGGUGGAUCGUCUGACCGUAUCGUACAGUCGAAGCGGUGGUCCGGGUGGUCAGCAUGUAAAUAAAGUAAGCACAAAAGCAGAGGUCCGAUUCCAUGUGCAAACGGCAGACUGGAUCCCAGAGGAUGUCCGGCAGAAAGUCCUUGAAAAAAACAAGAACCGCAUCAAUAAAGCAGGGGAGCUCCUGGUGACCUCCGAGCUAAGCAGGAACCAGCAGCGAAACCUUGCCGACUGCAUACAGAAAGUCUCUGACAUCUUAGCACAGGCCAGCGAGAAGCCAUAUGAACCAACAGCAGAAGACAUAGCACUCAGGGAGGGCAGGUUGGACAGGAGGAACAAGGAGCGACUAAAGCAGAAGAAGGUCCAUUCAGCAACCAAGCAGAGCAGACGAGUGGAUUUUGACUGAAGGGAAGUGAUUUGUCUGAGGUGGUCACCUUGCUUGAUGACUCCAUAAUAACUCGUAAUAAAACGUCUUGUUGUUUUACUCCAUUGAGCUCAUAAUAUUUUUUAUGAUAAUAAUAUGUCCACCAUUAUCCAAACCGCUUAUCCUGCUCUCAGGGUCGCGGGGAUGCUGGAGCCUAUCCCAGCAGUCACUGG